UCAAUAAAGCAAAGAACUUGGAAUUUAUCAUAGUUAUUUGACAUUAUCUGAUACAAGUGUGUUGUUUACUAUUUCAUUAAACGUAGAUUAAAUUGGGUCUAAAAUGCUACACCUUCGGCAUUUAAGCAGAAUACCUGUAAAUAAUGGAAUUUUUUCAAAGCUUUUGGUACGAAAUACAAUGAGAAUCAAUGGCGCUUCACCGUUUUUCAUAGUGUCGAAGGAAAGUACGCACUCUUUUAAAUACAGUACAUCCGGAACAGAUGUGGUUAAUAAUCAGCAUGAGCGAUCAGAUGACAAUAUAUUGAAACGAGUUCUCAAUAAAGUUGGCUUCGCACCAAAUACAAAAACACGCAUAAGGGUGUCCAGCCAUAUGUUAUAUGAAUGUGUAGCUGAUAAGAUCAAUUACCUAAGUUUUUUCAAAGCUUUCAACAUGCCUAACACGUUCAAUUCGUGGUUUCUUGUUACCGAAUUACAUGUUUGGAUGCUACUAGUUCGGGCUAUGGCAGAAGGUUCGGAAUCCGGAGAAGAUGGCCGAUUUCUUCGGAAUUGUAUUGUGGAAGUUAUGUGGGGCGACGUGAAUGCACGAGCUAAAAAACUAGGUACACAUAAUCCGUCGAAAACCCGCCAGCAAAUUGAAAUCCUUUCGGAACAAUUCCAGGCGGCACUCAUUGCAUACGAUGAAGGUAUUAUGUCAGAAGAUCGUGUUUUAUCUGGUGCAUUGUGGCGUCGUUUCUUCGCUAUGAACUGCGACGACAUUGUAAAAAUUGAACACUUAGUGAAGUAUGUACGGGAACAAAUAUCUAUUCUGGAUGAACUUUCGCGUGAAGAUUUUCUACAAAAACCAAAAAUAUUGUGGACAAAUUUAGACAAAAUAAAAAUUUAGUUCCAUAAAAUAUGUUAUACCUUUUGAAAAAAUUAA